AAGCAAUGAAAAUCAGCCAUAAGCUUGUCUGCUGGGCAGGUAUAUAAAGGCAGCCACGACCUUAGGACACGAUCUACUGCAGAACAACCACAUCCAGAACUUUGAUUUUUAAUCACUGCUGCUACUUUGAUCCCAAACAGAAUGGGAUCCUCUAAGCUGGCCCUGCUGCUGGUCUUUGUUUCCUGCAUUGAACGCAGUCUUUCUGCCUCCUGCAUCGUAGACAGUUUCUCAGUCAAGGAAGACUUCGACCCCAAGAGAUAUUCUGGGAAGUGGUAUGCACUGCAGAAGAAAGACCCAGAGGGACUGUUCCUGCAGGACAACAUCUCAGCCGAGUACACCAUUGAUGAUGAUGGCUCCAUGACUGCCUCUUCCAGGGGACGGGUCACUUUGUUUGGCUUCUGGGUUGUCUGUGCUGACAUGGCGGCUCAGUACUCUGUACCCGACCCCACAUCCCCUGGCAAGAUGUUUAUGAACUACCAGGGCCUGGCAAGCUACCUCUCAAGUGGAGGUGACAACUACUGGGUGAUCGACACUGACUAUGACAACUAUGCCAUCACCUAUGCCUGCCGUUCUCUAAAAGAUGAUGGCACCUGCGAAGAUGGCUACGCCCUUGUGUUCUCCAGAAACCCCCGUGGCCUGCCUCCAGCAAUCCAGCGCGCCGUCCGUCAGAAGCAAGAGGAAAUCUGCAUGGCCGGACAGUUCCAGCCGGUUCUGCAGUCUGGGGCCUGCUAAACAGAUUCAAAGAAAGAGAACAGGAGAGGAGAAGCAUGUGCCAGUUAGAUGCACUCUUUGUGAUUUGAGGGCAAACAGAUGAAAAAAUCUGAGAGCAAGCGUGUGUGAGACAAGAUUUACCUGAGAGAGUGAUGGAGUUGAAAAUUUCAAAGAGAUCGACAGGAGAAGAAGAUUUAUCUUCUUCUGACUUUAAUACAUUUUCCUUAAACCUCCUUCGCAUGUGCAUGUAUUGUAAAUAAAAGGAAAACGCUACGUUUCAGUAAGGUAUUUGAGUGAAUGUGACCGAAAAUAAAAACUUUUUUCUACACAAA